AGCUGUGAGCAACUGUAGAAAAGUUCUUCUUGCUGACUGCAAUCUCACUCGUCACAGCUGUGAAAUUGUGGUCUCAGCUCUACAGUCAUUAAACUCUUCACUCAGAGAUCUGGACCUGAGUAACAAUGACCUGCAAGACACAGGAGUGAAGAUGCUCUCGGAUGCACUGAAGAGUACAAACUGUAAACUGGAGAUACUGCGAUUAUCUGGCUGUAUGGUGACACAGGUUGGCUGUUGUUAUCUGGCUUCAGCUCUGAGGUCAACUUCACACCUGAAAGAGCUGGAUUUGAGCUACAAUUGCCCAGGAGAAUCAGGAGUGAAACUGCUUACUGAAAGACUCAGUGAUCCAAACUGCACAUUGGAAAAACUCAGUGUGGACCAUAAUGAAGUCUUCAGAAUCACACCAGGACUACAAAAAUAUUUUUGUGAUCUCACACUGGAUCCAAACACAGCACACACUAGCCUCUUAAUGUCUGAAAACAGAACAGUGACACAUGUGAACGACGAGCAAUCAUAUCCUGAUCAUCCAGAGAGGUUUGAGCACUAUGAGCAGGUUAUGUGUAAAGAAAGUCUGACUGGACGCUGUUAAACUGGGAGACUGAAUUC